GUCCUUCUACAGAAAGCUGCCCCACCAUCAAGCUGCCCUGGGCGCUGGCAGCACAGGCUGGAUUAGAGAGAGCUUUGGGCCAAACCGACGUCUCUUUCGCCGACUGACCAAGCAACAGCCGUCGACAUGGCAGACAAGGGGAAAGCCGCUGCUCCGGGGAGCAAGGACACCCCCACCAACCCGCGAGGCAUACCGUAUGCGCCGUUCGUCGACAAGGUCGAGGACUAUGUGACCUCGCGCGCCGAUACCGAACCGACACUGCGCAAGUUCCAGGAGAUGAUCGCGAAGUACCAGUACAUGGAGUCGAACAUGCAACGGAGAGCCGCGGGCCUGAAGGACAAGCUACCAGAUAUCCAAAAGACGCUGGAGACGGUGCGGUUCCUGAAGACGAGGACAGACGAGUCGGACCCGAUCGAGACCACGUUUGAGCUCAACGACACGCUGUUCGCCAAGGCCGAGGUGCCGCCCACCGACGAGGUAUACAUCUGGCUCGGCGCCAACGUCAUGCUGGCCUACCCGAUAGACGAGGCGGAGACGCUGCUGGCCGACAGGUUGAGCAAGGCCCAGAAGAGCCUCGAGGACUGCGAGGAGGACGCCGAGUUCCUGAGGGAACAGAUCACGACCAUGGAGGUCGCAACAGCUAGGGUGUACAACUGGGAUGUCGUGCAGAAGCGCAAGGAGAAGGGCGAGGAGGAGAGCAAGGAGAAGGACGACAAGGCCGCCGGCGGCUGAGCUACCCGUGGCGCGGAUAGGAUAGGAGUUGCAGAAUAGACGACCUUGUCGGGCCCCCAUCACGUCGGUCAUGUCACCAAUCCCUCCGAAUGGGAGGGAGGGUUUUGGUUUGAACCGAAAUCACUCGAUCCGCCCACAGGCCGAACUCAUGGUUCAAAGAGCCAGUGGGCAGAUUCCGGGCACUCAGGGCGAUUACCGAGCAGUACGUAAGGACACUCGGAUGAUGAGAGGUAGUGGGGACGGCCUGCGGUAAAUAGAAACCACAAUGCCUUUCCA